AACAACGUAUUUUGCUCUGUAAGUAAUUCUAGUCCGUCUCUGGUCUAAAAAAUUACGCACUGCGAAUAAAAAACCAGAAAGGUGAAAAUAAAAUAAUUACAACUGAUCACGUAACUUAUAAAAACACCAAAAUGUUGGGGUUGGAAAUGAAAAGUUUGAAAAAAAACCCAGCGCUUUUGCCGCUGUUUGCUUGUGUGAUAGUCGGAGGAUUUAUGUCAUCCGCAUACUUGCUCCGUCUGGCAACAAAAAACCCUGAUGUUACAUGGAGCAGAACUAAAAACCCUGAGCCAUGGCAGGAGUACAAAACUAAACAAUACAAGUUUAUUUCGAAAAUCGAUCACUCUAAAUCUCCAGUUCCAGACUACUAAUUAGUUAAUUAAUUGAUUAAUUAAAUUAAUAAAUAGGUUAUUCGAGCAUGUCGUAUCAUAAAUGUUUUGGAAAAUUGUAUUUAUUAAAAACAUCAAUCGGAAUAUUAAAUGAUACAGAUGCUGUGUAAAAAUAAAAUGUUUUAAAUAUAGUAAUUUUUUGCCUCAUA